UUCACCUACAUCUCUCUGCUGCUGGUACUAGCAGUGUGUUUACUGUCUGAGGGACAGAGGUUGUACCUUCACUGGAGUCACAAGAUGGGGAUCGUGGUGACCAUGGCGUUCUCUGUCAGUGCCACGGCCGUUCUCUCUGAGGUGUGGAGUAAAGAGUGGAAGACCCUUCUCCUCUCCCUGCAGGUCACAGCCCCCUUUCUUCAGGUAGGCGGGGUUUUAUUGAUGACUCUCCUGUCCUGGCCAAUUGGGCUGCACUUUUUUCGUAUGAACAAGAGAGUGCAUCAAGUGUGUCUGUUGGGUGUGUACAUGAGUGCAUUGUUCAGUCUGUACCUGGUUCCUCUGGCCAUGUAUUCUCCAUGCAUCAGAGAAGCUGGAACCCUGGGGCCAAAACCAACACUCCUCGGACACAGAGGAGCUCCCAUGCUUGCCCCAGAGAAUACUCUAAUGUCUUUUGAGAGCGCAGUGGAGGCUGGAGUGGACGGGUUUGAGACUGACGUCACUAUAAGUGCUGAUGGCGUUCCGUUUGUGAUGCAUGACCUCACCCUGCAGAGGACCACUAACGUAGAGGAGGUGUUUCCUAACAGAACACACACACCUGCUGCCCUGUUCACCUGGUCUGAUGUACAGCAGCUCAACGCUGGGGCCUGGUUCCUCUCUUGGGAUCCGUUUGGCACGGUGUUCUCUCUGUCACCAGAGCAGCGAGAGCUAGCUGCCAAUCAGAUGGUUCCCUCCCUGGAUGAAGUUCUGGACGUAGCGAAUCGGGCUGGCAGGACAGUGCUGUUUGACCUGAGACAACCUCCUCCUGGACACCCUUACAGAGACAACUACCUCAACAUCACCCUGGACCUCAUACACACACACAUCAACUCCAGCCAGGUGCUGUGGCUGCCAUCAGAUCAGAGAUGGGAGAUACAGCAGGUGGAUCCAGAGCUGCAACAGACAGCCGGACAGACUGCCUCUAUUCAGGAACUACAGGACAACCACAUCACUACCCUCAACCUGCAUUACAGCACCAUGUCUCUGCAACACGUCAGUAAGUACAGGUCGGUGAACAUCAGUGUGAACCUGUAUGUAGUGAACCAGCCGUGGCUCUACUCUCUGGCCUGGUGCAGUGGAGCAUCCUCUGUUACCACCAACAACAUGCUGCUGAGAGAUAUACACACACCGCUGCUUCUUGUGACUCCAGAGCAGUAUAGUGUGAUAUGGAUUCUGACUGACCUGGUCUCUGCUGUUCUUAUCGUCUGUGUCUUCAUAUUCCACUGGUGGCGUGAGCGAGGCCUACAAUUCUGGUCAGGCAGUCGACAGACACAAGAGACCGGGCCUUAUAGCAAGUUCAGGACUGAGCUCAGCGACGUCUGGUCCAUCUCCAGUGGGAAUGUCCGAACGGAACUACGGACCCCCAGUACCCUCCACACCAUCACAGAGGAGUAGCACACAUGCACACAGACACUCACCCAGUCACGCACACACAAAGUGUGACCGCACAAGAAUGAGCAUAGGGAAAUGGGAAGGAAAACAAGAGAAGAGGAUGAACUGAAUGUGUAAAAAGAGGAAGAGGCUGAUGUAAUGUGAAAGAUAAGCCAGCAUUUUGAUAAUCCUGAUUAAGACUGUUGUUCCUUUGUUCCUCACUUGACCAGCUCAUUCACACCCCCUCUGGUGACCACUGGAACUGCAGAACUGAAUUGCUGAAAUAUGAAAUAUACACUGAACAAAAAAUAUAAACGCAACAUGUAAAGUGUUAGUCCCGUAUUUCAUGAGCUGAAAUAAAAAAUCCCUGAAAUGUUCUAUAUGAACAAAAAGCUUAUUUCAUCCCUGUUAGUGAGCAUUUCCUCACUUACUAAGAUAAUCCAUCCACCUGACAGGUGUGGCAUAUCAAGAAGCUGAUUUAACAGCAUGAUCAUUACACAGGUGCACCUUGUGCUGCGGACAAUAAAAGGCCACUUUAAAAUGUGCAGUUUUGUCACACAACACAAUGCCACAUAUGUCUCAAGUUUUGAGGGAGUGUACAAUUGGCAUGCUGACUGUAGGAAUGUUCACCAGAAAAUUGAAUGUACAUUUUUCUACCAUAAACACAUGUGGUCUGCGGCCUCACAACCGCAGACCACAUGAAACCACGUCAGCCCAGGAUCUCCACAUCUGGCUUCUUCACCGGCGAGAUCACCUGAGAUGGGUUUGGAGUGAGGGGUGGUGAGGAAUAUUUGUCUGUAAUAACUCAUUCUGAUUGACUGGGCCUGGCUACCAAGUGGGUGGGCCUAUGCCAUCCAAGGCCCACCCAUGGUUGCACCCCUGCACAGUCAUAUGAAAUCCAUAAAUUAGGCCCUAAUUCAUUUAUUUCACUUGAAUGAUUUCCUUAUAUGAACUGUAACUCAGUAAAAUCUUUGAAAUUGUUGCAUGUUGCGUUUAUAUUUUUGUUCAGUAUGUUGUUUUUAUUCUCAUAACUGUUAAGACAUCAGCUGCAUUAGAGGAAUGUAUUAAAUGUAUUAAAUAGGG